CGCUGAAGCUUCCUACGUCUGCUGGCUCAGCGCAUGCUCAAUCACAAAGGCGUAUCAACGAUCAGGGCGAACGGCAUAUGGUUCGUCAGCAAAGCAUGCCUCAGCUAAACCACCGAUAUCAUAGGCAUGCCCAGCAAGAGCACCAUCCGCCAGCCGUCUCUCAGCCCACAGGUGAUCAAUUUGAUAUGAAUUCCCUUGCGAAUAACAUAUCAUUGGAACCCGGAAUACCCAUGCCACAAACAUUCUUACCAGAUGCCGACUCGAUCGAUCAACGUGGGAGGCACACGCCGAAGCGACGGCGAACCGCAAGCGAGCUGGGCGGCGCGGUACAACCUGAACCGGGUAGGUUGCCUUGUUCUCCCAAUAGCUAGCCCAUAUUGCUAUUUGUGGGAAUAUAUCCCUGUCUUAUUUUAGAUUUCAACCGCGUGCAACAUGGCGAUUCAAAGCUAACUCCAGGGUUCUCCGAAAAAUAGCACCGGCAGUGCCAAUAAUACCGGAUCCGUGUAAGUACUCACUCCCUAAUACCUCGCGUGGAUGUCGGCAGUUAUCGAAUAGCUGGUUUAAGCGAUGUUCCAGAGGCCCAAGGCAUGCAAUUGCUAACAAUGAUGGUCUGUCUUGGCAGUAGACAUACCUUUGGGGUUCGGCAUGGAGCCGCUCGCCUAUUUUACUGAUCCGCGGCCUGAGUACUUAACCCAUCCGUCUUCCCUUGACACAAUCAGUCAGUUACAGGGUUCAAAUAACCAGUUUCCGUUAUCCUGGGGUGCAGAUCCUGUUACAAUACAUCAAAGCUUCUCUGAGCCUCAGUCUGAACCUCAGCACCUUGUACCUGGUUCCGCCUCAGACGCCUAUCCUCAGGUAGUCUCGGCUCCUUUCCCAAUAUUAGAUCAAUCCAUCGCUGCUAGAGUCAACCCAUCUGAGUCUAGCACACCGUCAUCCAACUCAUAUGUUCCUAUUUGGAACACAUUGUCUUCCGAACUUCUCGUUGGUCAUCCAGAACCUCUCCUUCUUUCGUCAACUGCAGAGUCGGGUGUGAGGGUUUCAUCACCUAUCGCUUCUUCCAACCCUCUAUUCCAAGUGCUCGUGGAGCUUGGACAUCCACCUCCUGUUCCAGACAGGCUAACAGAGAUUGUUGCGGAGAUAUCCUUACCGAGCCACUGGAUGUCUAAGCUCAACGAUCUCUGCCGGCGCAUGCUAGGCAUGUCAGUUCAUUUACGGGAACUGGAAGGUGAAGGGCCCAAAAACUGGUUGAACAGAGAACACGUCGAUUUUCCCAUUGAGGCUUUGUUGACCACUAUGAAUGAAUUUUAUGUCACUAUUGAGACUUCGCUCGCAGGGGCACGAGAAGCUCAGGAAGAAAAUGGGGAUCAAAAUCACCAGAUAUGUUGGUUUGACAAGGAUGAUGAAAAUAACAUCCGGCUAGUUGUUUCCGUCUACGACAGAAUCGUUGACAUCCUGCGCCGGCUGUUUGCCCUUGCCCGUGAGGAACACGACAAAGCGCAAGAUCGUGGCAUCAAGGUGCUUUUCAAACGCUGGUUGCAACCAGGUGUUAAGGUUGGCGCCCUAACAUUGCCACAGUUCCCAGUUGUGAAAAUGGCAGUCCUGACCGACAGCGUGGUGACGAUUCUCACGCUUCUUCGCACGGCAACCAAGUCGUUCAGUCCGGCAGUUCUGGAUGCAGUCUCGGCCAGCGGACCUGAGAAGAUGAACGGAUCAAAGUCUUCUCUGACGGAUGUCGUCGAUACAAACUUCCAAAAUUUGAUGCGUAAAGAAGCGGACCUUGUUCGAUUUCUCUGUGACCUGCGAGACGACCUCACCACGUUACUCGGGCAUCAUCCAAGCGCGGUGCAAUACAUCCGAGACAGGAAGGCAGCAAGAAGAAUCUAACCGGUAUAAUUUGGAUUCUAAUUUGGAGACGAAUAAAUAUCCUGGCUGAGGCACUUUAUUUUUGACACAAAAAGCACCCUAUCUAUACCUUGGUGGUCGUUUGCUAGUGCUUCACAGAUUAAUACAAAGACGCCGAGCUGUGCAGCGAUGUGGUAGAUCUCUCAUCCAGCGAAGCGACUACUGGAAAUAAUUCG